CUCAGCAAGUCACAAGAGGGAAGCAACACAAAAGUAAACUCCAGAAUCUACAAUGCUGCCAUCCUCCUGGGACCUGUAGGACGGGCAAGGGGCCAUGAGAGGGAAAGAAACUGAUCUCAAGAGCAUCCAGAGUUUGUGGUCUCGAGGAAGGUAACCUAACUGAUGAAAAGCUUUGCUGUUCCAUGCACUGAUUUGCAAACAAAAUGAUUUCCUGCGUCUGGCCAGACAUGGGCAGAUAACUUCAUGGUGGCCAUUCUGGCUCAUAUUGAUGUGGCUUAUCUGCAAGAUAACUUUGCAAAGCUGCUUGAGCCUGCAGAGAUAAAAGGCACGAUCAGACCAAGACCCAAGCAAAGACAUUCCAAAAGCACUGCAUUCUGCAGUCAGUUUUGCCCUUCGGUCCUCAAUGGCAAGAAUCCCAGCUCCCACCACUCUGGCCAUCCUCCUGACUUGCCUCUUCUCUGGGGCAUGUAGCCAGACCCCAGAGGCUUUCCAGGCGAGCUCCAUCCCCUUCGAGGCACUCAGCCAGGAGCAGGCUUACAGCCUGGUGCAGCCCAGCCUGUUCCAGGAUGCCAAGGCACCCAACUACUCAGAAAGCCUUCCCAAGAGCAGCGGGUCGGAGCCUCCCCUGCUGCCUGUCUGUGUGAAGCCAGCAGAUAUCAGGCACAUCUUCAAGUACAUCAACACCAUCGUGUCCUGCACCAUCUUCAUAGUAGGGAUCAUCGGGAACUCCACACUCCUCAGGAUCAUUUACAAGAACAAGUGCAUGAGGAACGGGCCGAAUGUUCUCAUUGCUAGCUUGGCACUUGGAGACCUUCUCUACAUCCUCAUUGCUCUGCCCAUCAAUGUCUAUAAGCUCUUGGCAAAGGACUGGCCAUUCGGUGUGCAGGUGUGCAAGCUGGUCCCCUUCAUCCAGAAGGCUUCAGUGGGCAUCACGGUCCUCAGUCUUUGUGCCCUCAGCAUCGACAGGUAUCGAGCAGUGGCCUCCUGGAGUCGGAUCCAGGGCAUAGGAAUCCCCAUGUGGAAGGCGGUGGAGGUGACAGUGAUCUGGGCAGUGGCCAUUGUGCUUGCAGUCCCUGAAGCCAUAGCCUUUGACAUGGUAGAGAUCAACUACUGGGACCAAGACCUGUGGGUGUGCAUGCUUGCCUCUGAACAGAAAUCCAGCUUCAUGAUGUUCUAUCGUGAUGUGAAGGACUGGUGGCUUUUCGGCUUCUACUUCUGCCUCCCCUUAGUAUGCACUGGCAUCUUCUACACCCUCAUGUCAUGUGAAAUGCUGAGCAAGAGAAAUGGCAUGAGAAUCGCUCUGAAUGACCACAUGAAACGGCGUCGGGAGGUGGCCAAAACCGUCUUCUGCCUCGUGGUGAUCUUUGCGCUCUGCUGGCUGCCGCUCCACCUCAGCCGCAUCCUCAAAAAGACCAUCUAUGAUCAGACAGACCCCAACAGAUGUGAGCUGCUCAGUUUCCUCCUCGUCAUGGAUUACUUUGGGAUCAACAUGGCCUCUCUCAACUCCUGCAUCAAUCCUGUGGCUCUCUACUUUGUCAGCCGAAAAUUCAAGAACUGCUUCCAGUCCUGCCUAUGCUGCUGGUGCCAGAGACCGGCUCUGAGCAUCACGCCAACAGAUGAGAAGGGCUCUGUGGGAAAGUGGAAAGCCAAUGGGCAGGAGCUUGGACUGGACCAGAGCAGCUCCCGCUUGAGCAACAAGUACAGCUCUUCCUAAAGCAGAGAGGAGAAGGCACUAUGACAAGAUGGUAGGACACCUCAGAUUCCCUUGCACAGCUAUUUCCUGGCUGGGCUCAAAUUGGUUUUGCCUUCAUAUUAUAACCCACCUGGGUAAGAGCUGUAGCACUUCACUGACCCUGGAACUAGCUCUGAACACAGCCUCAGGGCUUUGCUUGUUCAUUCUCCAGUCCAAGUCAGCUCUACAGGAGGACGAAGAAUGGGAUCCAGCUCCUUGUAGGAUUUUUCUGUUCCUUGCAGGAUAGUCAAGUGACUUAUGGUCAUUUGUCUUGGGUAGAAACAUGGGGUGAGGAGAUGGGUGAGAAAAGGAAAGUUGAGAUGUGGUCAUUUGAAGAUGGAUGUGGGACGGGGAGGAGAGGGCAAGGAACCCAAGCAACAAUUUCCAGCUGAAAAAAAACAAAGCAUUGUCCCUUAUGAUCUCCCUCUGCUGGAACAGUUUGUCCCUGGGCAGGGCACCAUGAUAAGAGCCAGGUGUGAUGUAGGUGUUCUAGACAAUCAGUGACCUGAAAUCUCCCCCAGCUAUGGUAUGGAGGGAUGGGCAGCAAUCCAGCGUCAAUCUGACCUGGGAAGCCCUGAAAGACCUCUCCUCUUUACCUGUUCCCAGGAAAUUUCCUCCAAGCUUUCCACUCAGGGAUGGCAUUCAGCCUGCCUGUGUAUGGCACAAGAAGGAGACUGAAUGCAUGGGACAGCACAGCUUAGGAGUCCAGGUAUCCUCAGCAGAAGCCAGUGGCAGCAUCCAGCCAAACCACCUGCUCCGAAUUCCCCCUUCCCAGUCCCUGGAACCCCAGCACUUCUUGGCCACAGCUCCGUGACACCAAAGUUCAGGCUAUUUGUAAGUAGGAUGCAGAUUCUGAUCCUCAGGGUCAAGCUAAGGUGGAAAAUACAAUAGGGAAAACUUUACCUCAGCUGAAGUUGCUGCUGAAACUAACCAGAAUACGUCAAAGAGCCCUCACAAAUUUACAAUUUACAGUGAUUAGACCCCAAAUGCCUUUUUUAUAUAGUUUUACAUAAUCUUACCUACCCGCUAGAGUAGAUUUGUCUGUAUCCAUUUCACAGCUCUGAUGCCUCUGAGCUGGCUGCGCUUUGUUGGAAGACAAACUCAUUGGAGAAAACUGAUAGCAAUGAAAUGCUCCAUCUUAGUAGGAGGAUUUUUUAAAUAGUUGUGCUCAUUAGAAAAAAUAGUAAUCUGAAUUCUACACGUUUCUGUAAAGAGUCAACCUUUAUCAUGUUGAAACAAGCAUUCAAAGGUCCUCUUCCAUUUAGGACAGCCCCAGUUGUGUCAGCCUGGCUUCCUCUAGCUCUAUCCAAACCAGCAAUAGGAACAGCCAAGUGCUGCCUGCCACCAGCUGGGCAAUGAUUGUUUUCUUACCUGCACGGGGACUAGGAGAUUUAAACACACAGCUCCCAUUCAACUCAGUAGUCUGAAGCAUCUGAAUGAUUCCCCAGCAGUGACCUUUGGUAACAGCAUAAGGAGCAGUGCCCCAAAUGUUCAAGAUCUGUGAUUCUCUCCUAAGGACAGCCAGGACCUGUUCAUACUCACAAGACAGAUAGCAAUUACAGGCAGAUGGGAAUCUUUUUUACCUCGCUUAACCUCCUGGACCCCAAAUAGUUAACAUCCCUCUUUAUGCUCCAUAGCGAAUUUAAUCAUUCCUGCAUUAGCUACACUCAGAUCAACGUUUUCACCUUAAAUGGUUCAAAACCAGUCUCAGAUCUGCACAUGAUUAAUAUUGCAACAAACAGACUGCCAUGAAUUCAUCCCAGCUCUGGACAUUGCUAUCACUUGCUGCACAGCUGCUUAACGCUGACUUCAGCUUCCUUUGCUUUCUUUCCCCUUGUGUUUUCCUCCCAAGUGUCUCCUAUUAAAACCACCAUCAUAAAAUUUGACUAAGCGUGAGAAGGGAGGGAGAGAAGAGAGCUCUCAGCUGCAAGCAGUAUCCUUUUAAAACUCUUACACAGUGGUGGCAUUCACUUGGCACUUUCCCAGCUCUCAAAGGCUAGGCUACCACCAAGACCAGGACAAACGCAUUUCAGGUCAAAGAGAAAGCAAGGAAUGUCAGAAACAGAGAGCACACGCAGCCAGGUUUUAGCUGCUCAUGGAAUUGGAAAUGCAAAAACAGCUCCCACCUUUCAAUAUCCUUUUAAAGUUACUCUCCAUGCCGCCGGGGCUUAGCAGUCACAGGAUUGAGCCCAGGUAUAUCAGUCAGGUUCUUGUUUAUUCGCCCCAGACAGGGUCAGCCAAAAUCAAAGCCGUCGCAGCCACCUGUAGAGAUGCAGGAACCCAUCGGCAUGGGCAAGAUGAAUCCAUUGCAGCAAACUGAGGCAAAAGGGCCUUAUUAUGAAAUGCAGGGUUCAGAUGGCUUCAGGACCUAAUGCCUGUGAACACAAACCCACUGCCAGUCUGCCAGAAACCAAGUCUGUCAAUUUGUAUUUGAAAGAACAAUUUUAUUGAGAAAACCUGACAUUUUACAUCCUCUUAUUCCUCUGUAUGUUAAUAAAACAUGUUGGUGUUUGAAA